UUGUGUUGUUUUAUUUUGGUAUAAAUAGUAGUCAUUUCUACUAUAAGCAAACAGAAGUUGAUAACAUACAGGACGAAGAAAACGAAGUGAAAUAAUAAAUAAAGUAUGUCAUACAACUCUAAUAAUCAUAAAUGCACAGUGUGCUCUGCGGCUUUCAGCUGCAUGCAGGAAUGUUUGCGUCAUGAACUUUUAUAUAAUCAUAACGCGCAUCUCAAACAACAUGAAAAGAACGUGGUUACAAAGGUUAAAGCAAUACUUGACGGAUACGAAACAGACGAUUAUAAGAUUGUGAGAAACAACCUGAAGAAAGUUUUUGAGGAAUGGAAACCUGGCCAGGGAGUAUCGAGCAUUAAUAAAUGCUUUUGCUUAAACGAUAAAGAAUUGAGGCACAUUUCUGAACGAGUUCAAAAUUCUUUGAAAGCAUUACUUAGGGAAAACACAUUGGAAAUUCAUCCCUUUGGCUCGUUCGUCUGCGGGUUAGCCUUACGAGAUAGCGACAUCGAUUUUUUUAUUAACGACGUGCGUACCAAAAUCAUAAAUAGAACUACGACUACUCCAAAUUACAAUAAAUUAGCUGGUCUUUUAAGAAGAAGUAACGAGUUCGGCGAUGUGAUUCCCAUACGACAUGCCCGUGUACCGAUAAUAAAUUGCUGGCACUAUCCCGCUGGAAUCAGUGUAGAUAUCAACUUAUGCUCGGCCAAUAGUAUCUACAAUUCCUACUUUUUGCGUGACCUUUUAAAGUUGGAUACGCGACUACAUGAAUUAGUGAUAUUCCUUAAAAUAUGGGCAAAACAAUUACUGUUGGUUAAGAGAGGAAUUAUGAACAGUUAUUGCCUCAUUACAAUGAUUAUAUUUUAUUUACAAAACCCUUUAUGGGGUCGAAAAGCAAUACUUCCGUCAAUUCAAAAGCUACAAGAGGAUAUUCCAAAAAAAUUGGUAAUGGGAGUGAAUUAUGCUUAUCAACUUGAGGGAAGAGUAGCGCCAUUGCCAAAUGAAGUCACAACAUCAACUCUAAUUGAAGGCUUUUUUAAAUUUUACCAUUUUUUCGAUUUUGAAAAAACAAUAAUUUCUCCAUAUUUGGGAGAUGGGAUACCUAAACAGACGUUUAAAGAUGGCACCUACCAUUUUCCGGCUUACGAUCAACAGUUAUCCGCUAUUGCGCUAAUAGAUGGUGAACGUAGCCAACAUUUUGAGACUGCAUACGUUCUAUGUAUCCAAGACGCGUUCAUCCUUAAUCACAAUAUUGCCAGGUCUUUUCAAGAUAUCAACAUGCAUUAUUUUCGAAAAUGCUUUACAUAUGCAUAUGAUGUCUACAAUAAUACAAAGUUUUUCUCCGAUGCCAAACGUUAUGAAGCGCUGCUGUUUGGUAUUACUGAAAGAAUGGCUUCUGAUGUAGGAAUAAACCUCCACCAAUAUGCGAAGUCACAGGAAACCCGCAACAAUAAAAAUAAUUUCAGAUCAAAUAACAAUUUGAAUUUGCUAAAUACCCAAUACACUUGCGCAGAAGACUCAAGAAGGAGGAAAAGCAAUAGAAUGUCUGAGAGCUUCAAGAUUCUUAACGACAAAAAAAAUUCACAAUCAACUGUAAGUGAAAACUCCGUAAACCCUAUUCAUAAUAACGACAUUGAAAGGAAAAGUGAGGAUCCGUCAGGAAAUGCUCAAAGUUCGGAAGUCGCCAAAAAUGCAAAAAAUUUGCAAUCAACUGCCACUUAUAGCGCAAAAGAGCUAAACAAUACAAACAAUAAUGCAUACGCUACUAAUGAAAAUUGUAAAGACCUGAGCAAUAAUAUUAACUACCCAUCAGUGGAUGCUGAAAGCUCAGAAAUCUCCAAAAAAUUGCUAUUGACUGUGACUGGAAACUCAAAAGAGUUGAACAACAAAAAUACUAAUGAAUGCGCUGAUAACAAAAGUUGUAAGGACAGCGAAAUCGAAAGUUGCCCAUCAAUGGACAAUGAAAACUCCGAAGUAUUAAAUAAUGACAUGAAUUACCAAUUAAGUGAGAUGGUAUGCUGUAGCGACAUGAAUUACCAAUGUUUUCCUUCCGCAGCGGAAUUGCGAGCCAUUUCCACCGUUAUAAAUCCGAGCAUAUCGAAAAAUGUGCAUAAUUUAUGGAUCGAAUAUUAUAUGGUGGCCAUCACUGAAAUCCUAACAGACGUCUAUUGCUUGGAUCUGCAAUUUGCGACACCCAUUCAUAGCGAUAAACAUCAGCGAUUAGAUGACAAAACUGAAAGUUAUGCAUUUCUCAUAAGUGGCUCAGUUGAUCAAUGGACUGGCCGUCUACAUCAACGUAGCAAUUAUAAGAGCUUUAUGGAACUGCAAUUAGAACAGACUAAAAGGUUCACCAUGGAACGCCGUCAAAAGUCGCAAUUUGCUGUGCACUUAAAUGCUGUUUUAACAUUAAACAUAUCAAGAAAAGAACCUGCGAUUAAUUUGGUACUAACGCCGCGUAAUACAAAAUACGGGAUACUCACAAAGAAAGAUCCAAUUCGAAAAUUCUUUAUGAUGUUUAAGUGUUCCAUACAGAAUUUUAAUAUUAGAGACAAGCUAAAUGCAAAAAGGACUUAAAUUUUAGUUUGUGAUUUUAUAAAUUGCACUUGGACGAGAAAUUUUCUAAUUUAAGUAUUUAAUUAUAGGUAAAGCACAAUUUCACAUAUGUAUGUAUAUUAUAUUAAUAUACAAAUUCAUUUAUUUUACAUUUAUACUACAUCAUUUCAUGUAAAAUUCAAGCAGACUCAAAACAUUAUGUUUCAAAUAAAACUUUUAAAUUAAAAGUUAAAA